AUGACCGACUCCAACGAUGUCGGAAUGGAUGCUGUUCAGAGACGACUCAUGUUUGAAGACGAAUGCAUUCUUGUUGAUGAAAAUGAUCGUGUGGUGGGUCAUGACACUAAAUAUAACUGUCAUCUUAUGGAAAAGAUUGAAGCUGAGAAUUUGCUUCACAGAGCUUUCAGUGUGUUUUUAUUCAACUCCAAAUAUGAGUUGCUUCUCCAGCAAAGGUCAAAAACAAAGGUUACUUUCCCACUCGUGUGGACAAACACUUGUUGUAGCCAUCCUCUUUACCGUGAAUCUGAGCUUAUAGCGGAGAAUGUGCUUGGUGUAAGAAAUGCUGCACAAAGAAAGCUUCUCGAUGAGCUCGGUAUUGUAGCUGAAGAUGUACCAGUCGACGAGUUCAUUGCCUUGGGACGCAUGCUUUACAAGGCACCUUCUGAUGGAAAAUGGGGCGAGCACGAACUUGACUAUCUACUUUUCAUCGUGCGGGAUGUGAAGCUUGAGCCGAAUCCGGACGAAGUGGCUGAUAUAAAGUAUGUGAGCAGAGAAGAGCUUAAGGAGAUAGUGAAGAAAGCAGAUGCAGGUGAUGAAGCUGUGAAACUAUCUCCAUGGUUUAGACUGGUGGUAGACAAUUUCUUGAUGAAAUGGUGGGAUCAUGUUGAGAAAGGAACUCUUAUUGAAGCUGCAGACAUGAAAACCAUUCACAAGCUCUGA